AUGCCAGGCUGUCCUGCGUUCUUGUUGUUCCCGCGCUUCAAAUCGUAUACCCAAGUCAACACCAUGAUGUGGGAUCUACGCGGCAACGAAGCCGCCCAAGAUCGAAGCCGUUCUCCAAAUCCUAGGUUUCCAAUGCCGUCCCCUGGGAUUCCGCCAGCGAGUGAACUACAUCGAUCCCAUGAUCCAUUCCCCAGGCCAUUUGUACCGCUCGCGCUUCCCCCACCAAUUCCCCAUGCAACGCGGCCUCCCCCAUCUCCCUACAUGUCUCUACUCCCACCUCACCCUCUAAUGUCUCAGCCUUCUCGUCCUCCACCACGUCCUCCGCCCAUGCCUGGGCAUCAUCACCAUUCUCAUUCGACUUCUGCCGUACCUCAAACCAUUCGCCGCACCGCCUCGCAGCAGCAGCUCGGUUUCGCACCAACCGCUCAGCCUCCGUCCCACCCACCUCAGCGCACAAGCAGUUCCCACAACGUGCAGCACUCACGUUCUACACAACAUCUACGUCCGCCGACGCCUCACGGUAAUGGUCACCGAUCGCGCGUAAACUCGGCAAGCAGCGCACAUAGGCCUAUCGUUCCUCCUCAGCAGCAGGUGCAGCCACAUCUUCACCAACAGGUUGUGCACCAUAAUGGUCACGUUCAUUUCCAAUAUUCAAAGUGCACCGGGCGGAAGAAAGCGCUCUGUAUUGGAAUCAAUUACAAAGGCCAACGAAAAGAGCUUCGAGGGUGCAUCAACGAUGUACGCAAUGUGAAGCGGUUUUUGACAUCCAAGUGGAACUACAAAGAGGGCGAUAUUGUGACGUUGGUCGAUGAUGCCACCACUUCGAGGCAGAUUCCAACAAGGCGAAACAUUCUGGAUGCAAUGCGUUGGCUUGUGAAGGACGCCCAGCCCCAUGAUGCGCUAUUUUUCCACUACUCGGGCCACGGGGGACAGGUUCCAGAUCAAGAUGGGGAUGAAGUUGAUGGACUUGAUGAAGUGAUAUACCCUGUCGACUACAAGAAGGCCGGAAUAAUUGUUGAUGACGAAAUGCACCGCAUUAUGGUGAAAUCGUUGCCAACUGGCUGUCGUCUGACCGUAAGUCUGAACUCUUGUCACUCAGGAACUGCACUGGAUUUGCCAUACGUUUACCAUCCUAAUGGACGCCUCAAGGGAAGUCCCGUAACUCCUCAGGCUCAAGCACAGAAGGCCACAAGUGCCGACGUUAUAUCAUUCGCUAGCUGUCGCGAUGAUCAAACAAGUGCUGAUACGACACAGAGUGGUAUAGCCGUUGGGGCUAUGAGCUACGCCUUUGUUACGUCUCUAGCAAGGAAGCCAGUACAAAGCUAUCAAGAACUGCUUAAGUCUGUUAGGGACAUUCUGAAACAGGACUAUAAACAGAAACCACAACUGUCGAGCUCGCAUCCGAUCGUAAGCACUUGCGGUUUGUAG